AUGUCUGUCAGCCCGUCAUCAGCAGGAGCCUCUGAAACCGAGCGGAGGCUCCAUCAGAAGCUGUUUAAGAACUACAACAUGAAAGUCCGACCGGCUCGUUACUGGGAGGAGAAGGUGAUGGUUCGAGUGGGGAUGACCCUCUCUCAGCUUGUCAGCUUGAACGAGAAGAACGAAGAAAUGACAACCAACGUGUUCAUGAAUCUGGCGUGGACAGACUACAGGCUGGCGUGGAAUCCGGAAGACUAUGACGACAUUGAAGUUUUGAGGAUUCCUCCCAACAAGGUGUGGCGUCCAGACAUCUACCUCAUAAACAAUAAUGACGGUCAGUUCGACGUGGCUCUGUACGUCAACGUCUUGGUGUACAGUGAUGGGACAGUCAACUGGCUUCCCCCAGCCAUCUACCGCAGCUCCUGCUCUAUAGAGGUGUCGUACUUCCCAUUUGACUGGCAGAACUGCAGCAUGGUUUUCCGCUCGUACACCUAUGAUGCCUCUGAAGUGGAACUGCAGUACUUUCUGGAUGACGUGGGCAACGAGAUCCAGGAGAUUGUUAUAGAUGAGAAUGCUUUCACCGAAAACGGAGAAUGGGCCAUCUGUCACAAACCCUCCAGAAAGAACGUCAAGGAGGACCUUUACGAGGACAUCACCUUCUACCUCAUCAUAGAGAGGAAGCCUCUCUUCUACAUCAUCAACAUCAUCGUGCCCUGCAUCCUCACCAGCGUGUUGGCUAUAUUUGUCUUCUACCUGCCUCCUGGUGCAGGAGAGAAGAUGACUCUCUCCAUUUCCGUCCUCAUCGCUCUGACUGUCUUCAUGCUUCUGCUGGCUGACAAGGUCCCCGAGACUUCCCUCGGCAUUCCAAUUAUUGUCAACUACGUCUUGUUCACCAUGAUCCUGGUCACGUUCUCUGUCAUCCUAAGCGUAGUCGUCCUUAAUCUGCACCACCGAACGCCCAGCACACACAUCAUGCCCAACUGGGUUCGAAAGGUAUUCAUUCACUUCCUGCCCAAGUACAUCGGCAUGACAAGGCCAAACCCAGAGGAACCUCUGGUGAAGGAGGAGUCUAGUGAGGACUUGCCCAUCCAAAGCUUCAACGGCAGGCAGCCUGGAGGAGAGUACUUCAUUCGAAAGAUCAACCCUGAUCUCGUCUUACCUUGGAGAGGCAGUCACAUGAAAAGCACAGUGCAGCUCCAGCGGCUCCCAAACACUGACAGCUACUGUCUGGUCCUCCCUCCCAACCUGAAGUCAGCCAUCUCUGCAGUGACAUACAUGGCCGAGCAGCUGAAGAAGCAGGACACAGACGACACGAUGACAGGAGACUGGCAGUUCAUCGCCCUCGUGGUGGACCGCCUCUUCCUCUGGUUGUUUGUCAUCAUCACCACCCUGGGCACCCUGGCCAUGUUCUUGGACGCCAGUUUCAACUAUAUGCCCGAGAACCCCUUCCCAUAGCAGACAGAACGCACACACACACUCGGAGUUUGAAGAAUUGCUUGG